CCAUCCUCAGCCGUCAACCAGCUAUGCCAGCGUAUCUGAAGUUUCCGAAAACACAGAAAAAAAUGAACCUUUCAAAGGAUUUAUAUCGAAUUUGAUGUUUACAGGCAUCCCAAACCCUGGAGAAUACGAUGCUAAAAUCUCCCAGAUUGGAGGAAGAGGCCUUGGACAUUGUGAAGGUGAAGCUUCCCCUGGAGAUAAAGCAAGAGAAUGAUGGGGAGGCCAAAUCAUUAGAAUAUGAUAGAUAUGGACCAACUCAUAAGGAGAAGACCUUCCAGGUGGGAAGAUCUGAAGAAAUAGACAUUUGCAAGAGUCCAUUGGAAGGAGUCAAAAGUUCAUUUUUCCGGGACUCCAGGAUAACUCCACAGGGAUCACAAAGGCACUCGGGAACGAAAGCCACUGAAGCUUUCCUGCCUGAAGUAAGUGAUCAAAAUUUAAAUGAAGCCAAUUUUCAGUGUGGCAAAAAGUCCAGAAUUAAGAGGAGCCAGAGAUGGUGUCCAACCAUCAGUGUUCCAGAUGCUCCACAUGUGCAAGCAAAGGAUAAACUGCAUAAAUAUGAGAAAAGUAACAGCAAACCCUCCAUUGUUCAACAGGGGAGCACUCUGUCAGCAAGAAAAAAGUAUCUUUGCUCAGAGUGCGGGAAAAGUUUUGAUUGGAAAACAAACCUCGUGAAGCACAAGAGAAUCCACACAGGAGAGAAGCCGUAUAAAUGUUCCAAAUGCAGCAAAUGCUUUAAUGCAAAAUCCACUGUGAUUAAACAUGAGAGGUCCCACACAGGAGAAAAGCCGUAUGAAUGCACCGAGUGUGGAAAAGCUUUUGGGGAAAAGGGGAUUCUGGUCAAGCACCUGAGGAUCCACACUGGAGAAAAGCCACAUAAAUGCUCCGACUGCGGCAAAAGCUUCAUUGGACGAGAUGCCCUCAUCAAACAUGAGAGGACCCAUACAGGAGAGAAGCCAUAUGAAUGCUCCGAGUGUGGGAAAAGCUUUCGGAUCAGCUGCCACCUCAAACUCCAUAAAAGGACACACACAGGUGAGAAACCACACAAGUGUUUGGACUGUGGCAAAAGCUUCAGUGAGAGAGCGUCGCUGGUGAAACACGAGAGGACGCAUACGGGUGAAAAGCCUUAUGAGUGCCCCGAAUGUGGGAAAAGCUUUCGGACCAGUUCCCAGUUGAAAACACACAAAAGGACGCACACGGGUGAGAAGCCGUAUCAGUGCUUAGACUGUGGGCAGAGCUUCAGUCAGAGGUCACGGCUCGUGAUCCACGCAAGGUCCCACACAGGAGAGAGGCCCUACGGGUGUCCUGAGUGUGGAAAGAGCUUUGUUUCUAGCUCACAUCUCAGGAAGCAUACUAUAGUGCACACGGGCGAGAAGCCCCAUACGUGCUCCUACUGUGGGAAAAACUUCCGUAAGAAAUCCAACUUGGUGGUCCACGAGCGGAUUCAUACCAGGGAGAAAGCAUACGGAUGCUCAAUGUGUGAAAAAAGAUUCUUUAGUUCUUCCAUGUUUCAUAAACACAUGAAAAUCCAUCCAGGAGGGACAUCCUAGAGGGCAGGGUUAGUAUUAAGGUCUAACAUACAGCCUCAGAGAUUGUGGAAAACAUCCAGGGAAGAUACUAUUAUUGGAGUGAAACAGCAGGCAACUGUGAUAGAUUGCAGAGGAGAUCAAGGUUAUCAGGAAGUAGGGGGUGCAUUCCAGGAAGGGAAAGGGGACAAAAGGCAACACAGUCCACAGGAGCAGCGUGAGAAGAGUAAGAGAUUCAGGAUAGCCACUCCCUAGAAUCUCCCAGUGUAUAUCCACUGGUUGCAAUAGUACAGAUGUAGUCUGGCAAGAUUCUGUCUGUAAGGUGUAAGCAAAUAAAGGAACUGAACUCA